AUGGAUCCAUCCGAAGAACGUGAGAACGAUUAUCUACACUUUCUGCAUGGCAUGCGGCCGGACGACACGAACAUCCAGACAUCAAUGCCUGACCUGUCGACGACGCAGUCAUCCGAGUUAGACUUUCGCACGUCGUUCGUGGGACCUGAUGGGCUGCCAGAGAUCGAUCAUGAUGGAGCUGAAUUUGCCAGGAUGCUGCUUGCUCAGACAGAGCAGGAGCAGAAAGAAACGGAGGUAGAGGAUACUGUCACUAUGGAGACCGGGGUGCUGCAAUUGUCGUCUCCAGGUAUAACAGCAGAGGAUGAUCACAGCAUCCAACAAGCUGAGGCAACAAUUUUAGCAGCUGAUAUGGCUGUUCCUAUUACGUCCAAAAAUCGCUGUAGAUACUAUAACAAAGGUCGUACGAGAUGUGAGCGCGCUGCAACAGGCUUGGACGGGCGUUGCGCUCUUCAUAAGCUUAGUCAGUUCUGCAAACACCCCAAGUGCAAUAAGUUUAAUCAAGGAGUUGGGUAUUGCAUUAAGCACGGUGGUGGUAAAAAGUGCAAACAGGAAGGAUGCGAGAAACAGGUCCAGGGAUACGGAUUUUGCUCAGGACACGGCGGAAAGCCUUUGUGCCCCAUUGAAGGUUGUGAGAACAAGAGGAUGGAAGGAGGAUAUUGCAAAGCACAUGGCGGUGGCAGAUUUUGUCAACACGAAGGCUGCAAGAGACGAGAUAUCGGUGGCGGCCGAUGUAUUUCGCAUGGUGGCGGUAAGAAAUGCCAGACAAAGGACUGCACAAAAGUAGACCGAGGUGGCGGGUUUUGCAAGGCCCACGGAGGUGGCAAGAAAUGUGAAGCUGAUGGCUGCAAGAACUGGGCACUUGGCGGGGGCAUUUGUCUGGAGCACAAGGGUCCUGGAAAGCGUUGCAAAACGCUUGGGUGCACGAAGUAUGACCUUGGCGGAGGUCACUGCAUCGCCCAUGGUGGUGGACGCAAGUGUGUUGUGGAAGGCUGCGAUAAGAUUCGUCAGGUGAACAAGCGCUGCCGUGGCCAUGGCGGUAAGGUCAUGUGCAGUGUGCUAAACUGUGACCGCGCAGCACAGAACCGCAAACUCUGCAAAGCUCACGGAGGAGGUAAGCUAUGUCAACAUGAGGGGUGUACAAACAAGCAAAAAGGCAAAGGGCUAUGCAUUCGUCACGGAGGUGGCACGAAAUGUAAGGAGAGCAAUUGCAGUGCGAUAGACCGUGGCGGGGGCUAUUGCAAGGGCCACGGUGGCGGCAAGAAGUGUUCAUUUGCGUACUGCAACAAGUGGGUCAUCGGUGGUGGCUACUGCCCGGACCAUUUGGAUUUGGAAUUUCCCCAUCCGUCCGAAGAGAUUUCACGUAUUACGACGAAUUCAUAUUUAACCAGCGAGUCGGUUGCGACAAUCUAA